GCGCAAGUUGUUUCCGCGAGUAGAGUACACAACUACACAACAUGAAUGAAUUUCUCAUAAAUCAAAAUUAAGUUUACAAAGCGUGUAUUCCAUAUAUUGUUACUCAAAACAGCAUCCUCGCUAUACUUUAUCAAGUACCUAGCCGUUGGAAUAAUAUUCAAGGAUCUCGCGUUGCGUUCUUAAAUACAUCUUCCGCCGCUUCUCCCGGGCUCCCGCCUCCCGGCCGUCACUCAGCUCGCUCCAGCUGACAUUAGCCUUAUAUAGCAUCCUCGAUAUAUAAUAUAAUUGCUAAAUGCGGCUGUGUGCGGCUGUUAGAUAGACGCAGGCAGUAUCUGCGGAGUGCGGGCAAAGUCGUUUGUUUUUAUGCGUCAACUUUCAUCAUACCGAUAAAAAUAUGGAUAAUUCAAGCAAAAAAAUUGGCAUUGGAUUUGGUAAAAUAAGUUUCAAAUUGAAUACAAAGUCUAUUGACGACAAUGCUCCUGCUACAAGUAAAAAAGAUUCUGAAUCUGGCUCAACAAACUCAGACUUUGGAAAGAUAGAGAAACCAGCUGACACCUCGAAAGUACACAGUACAUUGGGAUUUGGUACUUUUGGGAAAAAGGCAGUUGAAGCAAACGCCAAAGCAAUAGUUGAAAUAAGGCCCGAAGAUGAAGAAGAAAAUGAAAAACUGCAAAGCCUUAUGGGCAUGUCAUCAUUUGGUAAAAAAGCCAGAUGCUUUGAUGUUCAAGAAAUGAUGGAGAACAUAAAAAAAACUAUUGUCACCACAAAGCCCGUGGAAAAGAAAGCCGAUUCUAAUCAGCAAGAGAAGGACUCCACAGAUAAAACUGAAUCUGAUAAUGAUGAUGAUGAUGAUGAUGAUUUUAUUGGUCCUCCUAUUCCUACAGCAGUGGGAGAAACUAAAGCAGAAGAAAAGACAAAGACCAAAACAAAAUCUGAAAAGCAUAAUAGUGAUAGUGAAGAUGACGAUGACGACGAUGAUGACGACGAUGAUGAAGAUGAUGACGAAAAAGAAACUGACUUGGUCAGCAGGAUUCCAUGUACACACCAGGUAUCAAUGACUCAUGGUAAUAAGGCUGUUACUGCAAUAGCAGCAGAUCCUUCUGGAGCUCGUCUUGCUUCAGGAUCAGUAGACUAUGACUUGUCUUUUUGGGAUUUUGGUGGUAUGGAUGCUUCAUUGAGAAGUUUCAGAACCCUUCAACCAUGUGAAAAUCAUCCGAUAAAAUGUCUGCAAUACUCAAUGACAGGCGACUCUAUUCUUGUUGUCUCUGGAUCAGCACAGGCAAAAGUUUUGGACAGAGAUGGUUUUGAAAAAUGUGAGACUGUCAAAGGAGACCAGUACAUUACGGAUAUGGCGAGAACAAAGGGACACACUGCUUCUCUGAAUAGCGGUACAUGGCAUCCUUUCACAAAGGAAGAGUAUCUUACUUGCUCUCAGGAUAGUACAUGUAGAAUGUGGUUACUUCACAAAUCAAAAGCACAUAAAGCUUUGAUAAAAUGUAGAGCUCAAAACGGAGUCAAGACUGUGCCAACAAGUUGCACUUACAGUAGAGAAGGCACAGUUGUGGCUUGUGGCUGUGUUGAUGGUUCCAUACAGAUGUGGGAUCACAGAAAAAAUUUUGUCAACCCAUCUCUUAUCAACAGAAAUGCGCAUCAUUCAGGCAAUGAUAUUUCUUGCCUCAGUUUCUCGUACCUUGGCAACAUGUUGUCCUCUCGCAGCUGUGACGAUAGUCUCAAGCUCUGGGAUCUCAGAGCUUUCAAGAAUCCAUUAUUCACAGCGUCAAACAUAUUCUCCAGAUAUGACUCAACCGACUGCAUGUUCAGCCCUGACGAUUCCAUGAUUAUUACUGGUGAAUCUUUACCAAAGAACCAGCAAGCUGGACGAUGCUUAUUUUACAGCACCAAAACCUUUGAUUUGGUUCAUGAAAUUGAGGUGACAAAUUCACACGUUAUAAAAACCCUGUGGCAUCCAAAAUUGAACCAAAUCUUCGUAGGCUGUGGUAACGGUAUUGUGAAGUGCUAUUACGACAUUAAGAGGAGCUUGCGGGGUGCCAAGCUUUGCGUUGUUAAGCAAAGACAUAAGCAGAAGCACGUAGAGAUGAUGCCAACACAACAGAUAAUUACUCCUCAUGCUUUGCCAUUAUUUAGACAAGAUAGGCCCAAGUCUGUGAGAAAGCAGAUGGAAAAAGACAGACUUGACCCAGUCAAGUCGAGAAGACCAGAUUUGCCGAUCACUUCUGGACAGGGCGGCAGAGUAGCUUCGUCUGGAGGUACUUUAAGCUCUUUUGUCAUCAGAAACUUGGGAUUAAGCAAGAGGAUCGAGGAUGAUCAAGAUCCUCGAGAAGCAAUCUUGAAAUACGCAAAGGUCGCGGAAGAAAAUCCUUUCUGGAUAACACCCGCUUACAAGAAGAAUCAACCCAAGCAGAUCUUUCAAACUGAUGGUGAUGAUGAGAGCAGUGGAGAACCAUCAAAUAAAAAACAGAAAACCUAAUUGUAUGAAGUAGAUGAUGUAAGAUUACAUGGUUAUUUGAAAUCAUUACUAUUAGAGUGCAACAAAAUAAAGUCGUUUUUAUUUUUUAUA